AUGGCUCCACCCAUGCCGGCCUGUGGUGGAACAGCACCGACGACACGCGGGAAGGGAUGUUGCGGUUGCUGCUGUUGGUGGAUCUGGGGCGGGAUGGGCUCUUGGGGAUACAGGCCAGGAUUCUGGGGGAAUUGGAGGCCACCGGAGGCUGCUGCAGAAAGGCCUGCUGGUACGGGAGGGGCGGUUGGUUCAUCGUUGAGGGUUGCGAUCGAGUCGACUCUGGCCCGACGAUACGAUCUCGACGACGACGACUCGGCGGUUGCGAUGCGUGUGGUCUGGAGAAAGGCAGAUGGGCGAGUGGCUUGUCCGGGAACCUUGUCGUUCAAGGAUCUCCAGCAUCCGAGCACCACGACUCGGCUGGGAGCUGGGUUGAGUCUCGGAGACAAUGCCGACGGUGGCCAGUGUCUUCUGCAGCAAGAUGUCUUUGCAGGCGGCUGCCAGGUGGUUCGUCUUGACUUCUCACUCGAAGCCUUUCCAUCGCGUCGAUUGCAGGAGAACAACGACCUGAAAAAUUCAUGCUGGAGGUACGGCGCCCGUAAUUACAGGCAUAUUUCUUAG